AUGCGAAACUUCCUCGUUAUCUUUUAUGCUUUGUUGAAGCUAGGUUUAGCGAUUGCUCCAUUUCAGGUUCAAUGUCCCAGCUCCCCACUUAUUAGGGAGGCCAAAUAUGAAAUCUGUCCCGAAGAAAGCGUCUAUCUUAAGAAGAAGGAGAUUAAAACCAAGAAUAGACUGAUCGAUUUUCUAAAAUCCUUGACUGAAGCGAAAUUUAACUCGAAAUUUUAUAAACGAGUGUUGAAAGAUCCUCCAAAACUUGGGAUUGCCAUAUCAGGUGGUGGUUAUAGGUCCAUGUUAGUGGGCACAGGAUUUAUUACCCAAAUGAAUGACUAUGGCUUAUUUGAGUAUUCAGACUACAUCGCCGGAUUAUCGGGUGGAAGCUGGAUCUUGAUGGAUUUAGUAGUUCAGAAUUUUGAAGCAAACUCUUUACUACAAGAAUGGGACCUUGAAGAGGAUCUUUUAUUAGGCAUACCAGAAUUCGAUAUUUCCGAAGAGGAGAUUGUUACCAAUGCAAGGAAGGAGUAUAAGGAUGACGAUAUAAGAAUGAGAAAACGUCAAGAGAGUACCCAAAUUACGAACUUUUCUAAAUUUUAUGAACAAAUGGAAAUUUUCGCGAAUUCUGUCGAAGAACGCUCAGAAGAUGGUAGGAUAACAAAGAGAAACUUGAACCCAUUAACAAGACUGAAAAAAAUAUUCUUUCCGAAUAAUACGUUUACUGAAGCUGAUACGAAGAUUGAAACCUUUAAAACAGUACUAGAUUUUUACAAAAAUUUGCAUUUGAAAAUAAAGCCCAAAAAAAUAGAAGGUUUCCAAAUAUCAUUCACAGAUUAUUGGGGUAAAGCAAUCGUUCAAAGAUUGAAAAAAAAUUUCGAUGAUGAUCCUGAUCAUACGUUUUCUUUUUCGAAGCUUGUACAUUCGUCUAAAAAAUUCAAAGAGUACAGCGUACCCAUCCCAAUAUUUGUUGCAAAUUGCAAAAAUGGCCUUCUUUCGAAUAUAAUAUUUGAAUUUACACCCUUCGAAUUCGGCUCUUGGGAUAGUAUGCUUAGACUUUUCGUCAAGCUGCCUUACCUAGGUUCAAAAAUUAUUUCUGGAAAGGCCAUAAAAUGUGUUAAUAACUUUGACGAUUUAGGUUUUAUCACUGCAACAUCUUCUUCAAUAUUCAACAAUGUACUGAUUUUCAUUUGGAACCUUGCCUCUCAAUCUUCAAGAGAAGCUGUAAAGGCGUUAAACAUGGUUAUGGGAAUUUUCGGGCUAGGCAAAGAGGAGAUUUUUAGUAUUUCGAAAGAGUCCUCUAGAUUAGAGACAGACUAUGCGGUAUACCAGCCUAAUCCCUUUUAUCUUUAUCCUGAAAAGGACAAUGUUUUAACCAACAAAGAUCAUUUAUACCUUGUAGACGGUGGUGAAGAUGGUGAAAAUAUUCCACUUAGGACAUUAGUUAUUCCUGAAAGGAAAUUAGACGUGAUUUUUGUCCUGGAUUCCAGCUCAGAUAUUGACAACUAUCCAAAUGGCUCUAAGUUGAAAAAAAUUUUCGAAAAGUUAGAUGAGGAGAAUGUUCAUUAUCAAUUCCCCAAGAAUAUUAGGGCCCUCACUCGUCCCGUUGUUAUAGGAUGUAAUGCCACUAAAAGAUCCGGACAUGAUUCCUUUUUGCCAAUUAUAGUUUAUCAUGCCAACGCAUAUCAUGGAUACGUAUCUAAUACGUCAACAUUUAAAAUAACCUAUAAUCAGUCUGAGGUUAAUAAUAUGUUACUUACUGGAAGGAAGGUGUUUAGCAAUGACUAUGAUCCUCAUUAUAAAAACUGCUUGGGCUGUAUAUUAACUAAAAGAACAAUGGACAGGCUCCCUAGGAAAAAGAAAUUCUCGCCAUUUUGCUUACAAUGUUUUAAGGACUACUGUUACUCAUAA